AAUUUAAAAAUGGAUGAUAAUAAACUUUUACAAAAAUUAUCACAAAAUUUACUUGAAAUUUUAGAUGAUGAUGAAUAUUAUGAUAUAAAAAUUGAAGUUGGUAAUGACCCUUACGUAAAAGUAUUCCGUGCCCACAUGGUCAUUUUAAAUUACCGUUCUACUUAUCUACGAAGAAUUUUGUCGUCAAGCAAAAAGAAUGAUGAUGAAACUUUGGUACAAAUUAGAUUACCAAAUAUUUUACCUGAAAUUUUUCAAAUAAUUUUAAGAUAUAUUUAUGGAGGGAAAAUAUCUUUGGAAGAUUACGAUACUUUGGAUAUUGUUAAAAUCUUGAUUGCUGCCAGUGAAUUGAAUCUUCAUGAAUUGAUCACCUAUUUACAAUCCUUUUUGAUUAAAAACAAAGUCAACUGGAUGGGACAAAAUUUUAAUUUGGUAUAUCAAACAAGUUUCGAAAAUGAUUCUUUUUCGGUUCUUCAAAAGUAUUGUACUGAUUUAGUAUCCAAAGACCCGGAUAAGAUAUUCAAAUCACUUGAUCUUUCUUCAGUUCCAGAAAACCUUUUAAUCUCGCUUAUUCAAAAUGAUAAUCUUCAAAUGAGUGAAAUUCAAGUAUGGAAAAAUGUUCUUAAAUGGGGCCUUGCGCAAAAUCCUGAGCUUUCAUCGAAUCCUUCAAAUUAUUCAAAAGAUGAUUUCAAUACUUUGAAAAAUACCUUACAACAAUGUAUUCCUUUUAUAAGAUUCUAUAAUUUUACUUCUAAAGAAUUUUCGGAUAAUGUUCUACCUUACAAGGAAGUUCUACCAGAGGAAUUAUUUAUGGAUUUAUUAAAAACUUUUUUGGAUCCUGAUAGAAAGCCACCAAUAUCCGAUAGACAAAAUAGAAAGG